CAAUCGGAGGCCUUGCGGCGCGGCGGCGGCGGCGCUGCCCCCCCCCGGCUCCGCCAUGGCCCUGACGGCCGAGACCGAGUCCCGGCUUUACCGGUCGCUCCGCGCCGCCGCCGGCGCCGCCGCCCACCUCGUGGCGCUGGGCUUCCCCAGCGCCGUGGCCGUGCUGGCGCGGCCCGGGUCCAGCCUCUUCUCCUGGCACCCGCUGCUCAUGGCCCUCGCGGUAAGUCCCACCGGCACGGGAGGGGGCGGGGACCGAGCCCCUCCCGCCCCGGUGCUGGUUCUACCCGGGCUGGUGCCGAUCCCCCUGCCCUCUGUCUCCCAGUUCUCAUUCCUGAUGACAGAAGCUCUGCUGAUAUUCUCGCCGGAGACAUCGCUGCUCCGUUCCUUCUCACGCAAAGUGAAAGUGCGGGCGCACUGGGCCCUGCAGCUGCUCGCCCUGCUCUGUGCCCUCCUGGGCUUGGGCAUCAUCACCUACAACAAGCACCUGAACGGCAAAGCGCACUUUGUCACCUGGCAUGGGCUGACGGGGCUGCUGGCUGUGCUGUACACCGGGGCGCAGUGCGCAGGGGGGCUGCUCCUGCUCUACCCCAAGCUGAUGAAGAACUGGACGCUGGCCAAGCUGAAGCUGUACCACGCCACCUCGGGGCUCGUCGGCUACCUACUGGGCUGUGCCAGCCUGAUGCUGGGCAUGUGUUCCUUGUGGUUCACCGCCUCAGUGACCGGUGUCUCCUGGUACCUCGCCAUGCUGUGUCCCCUGCUUACCAGCCUGGUGAUCAUGAACCAGGUGAGCAACGCUUACCUGUACCGCAAGAGGAGCCAGCACUGAGGGCCCGGCAUGGAUCUGAACUUCCUCGGUGUGAGCCAGUGAGGCCGGGGCUCGCUCCCCCAGGGCUCUCCUGCUCACACAGAGUCUCCUCAGAACUAGAUUUCUACCUACUUGUUUCUCAUUAGUCCUGGAUUAUCCGUAGUGUCUCGUUCCCAGAGCGGCUACCAUGUGUGUGACACCGAGCAGGCAGGAGCUGCCUGGCUCGUCCCUGCCUUGGUGGGGACAUUUCCCACCACAGGUGACGCUGCUGAUCCUGCAGCAUCUUGGUGCUCGGUGCUGGGAAUGGGAGAGUUCUCUCAGGAUUCCUGUUCCUUUUCCCUUCCCUCGCCACCCAGGGCUGCUUUGCAGCAGGCAGGCCAGGAGCUGUCGCCUUCCUGGGGAGGAGGGCAAGGAGUUCCUGCUCGGGCACCGCGCUGCCCUGUCUGGCACGAAGGCAGCUUGGGCACAGUUGUGGCUUCAGCCUGGCUGAAGUGGGGUAGCCUCAGCCAAGGUGUCCACCCCCACAGCACAGCUCCGCACAGGGACAUGGCGGGGGGGGCUCCCCGAGACCGGUACAGUCAGUUGUAGAUCUGGCCACGCACAAAUCCUUCCCACGGGCUGGGACAGCAAAGCUUCAGCCUUGUGGGAGAUGGGGAUGCAUUUUACAGAGCAAGUUAUGGAGCUGGGUUACAAACCAUCAGCCCGUGAAGGCGUUUUGUCCUGCUAAGGGGCACAGGGAACAGCACGAGCACAGAGAGGAACCAGGGCUUGGGAUGAGCCUUUGAGCCGGCCUCCAAAACAGCCCUUGGCAAGGCAGAACGCAGCCUUCUCGCUCGCCAGCACAAGAACCUGCCUUCCAGCCCGCUUGCCGUCAGGGCAGCCGGCACCGCGAGGCUCUGUCUGCUGCAGCAGCCCCUCCUCAGCACAUAUCCUGCUCUCAGCAAGGCUGGAGAACUGGGAGCGGCUCCCAGGCUGGGAAAUUCCUCUGUAUCCAGAGCUUUUAUUCAAUAAACGUUUCAGGCAGCUACAGUGCAACAAGCCCUGUUUAGUGCCCG